AUGUCCACGAAUAAUCGAUCGGAUCGACUGGCCAAAUACUUUGCAGCUGUUAUCCACGGAAAGCAAGAGGUCGGGGAUCUCAACGGCUUUAAGAAACUCAUCGAAGCCAUUCUAGAAGCCAAAGAUUCCUGUGUGGCUAUUGAGAGACUGGUCAGCAGUCAGAAUGCCCUGGAUGCUCUUCGAAAUGGUCUGAGAUUCAAUCUGACACCGGAUUUCAUCAACAAGCAUACAUCGAAGCUCAUCAAUGUUUUGAGCAGACCGGAGAUCAAGCUUUUAUGCAACGGCCUAUUCCUUGAACAACUUCUUAUUAUUAUUUUGGAGCCCCGAACACUCUGGAAUACACUUUUGAAUGCCUUUGGUACCCGUAAACUGGAUGAAGACGCUAUUCACACCUUCUGUUGGUUGACCACGGAGCUUCUGUCACUACCGGCUUCAUCUGCGGUAAACAUCAUAGCGGAUGCUCAGACUAUCUUGAGUGAUGGGUACCUUCUUUCGUCAUCUUCAGUAUCGCUGCGCAAUCUGGGACACAAGAUCAAGUAUCUGCUAGAUAUGAAGUCUUCCGCCUCCACUGUCCUGGCAUCCGAGAACACAGCAGGUGGUCGUCAUGAUAACGAUUUUGCCGAUUUCCGCCUCACGGCUAUACUUCCCACAACAGAUGAGAUGGGUUGUACCGAGAAACCUUUCUAUCGACGUGUGGAUGAGAUCACACAGCUCUCUGGUAGCCAACGCAUCGCGGCACAUGCCGACAACCAAUUCCGGCUUUUGCGUGAAGAUAUGCUGUCCGCACUGCGAGAUGACAUUCAGGUCGCAACAGGCGCAAAAAAGGGUAGAAGAUCUGCUUUACGCCUCGGAGGAUUGUCUUUGGCUCGCAUCUCUUGUCUAUCACCGGACUUGAGAAACAUCCGCCCGUGCACCAUUGGCGUCAAUGCUAAGUCAGGCUUGAGCAAGCUGAAAACCCUUUCCGAAGAGAAGGCCAAAGAAUAUCUCAAAAGCACCCCUCAGUUUGUCAAACACCGGGCCUUUGGGUGUUUUGUGCGGAACAAGGAGAUUGUGGCAUUUGCUACAAUUGAAAGAAACGUUGAAGAUCUGAUAUCCAAACCUCCAGUGAUCAUGCUACGAGUUGUAGGAGAGGAGGCGAUGAAAAAGUCUAUCCUCUUUCUUAAACUCUAUGACGACGUCGAGUUUUUGGUAGUUGAUACAGCAACUUUUGCUUAUGAACCAAUUCUGAAAUGUCUGCAAGAGAGGGUUGAGUAUCCUCUUACCGAAGAAUUGUUUCUGUACGAAAAAGACGAACCAGUGAAGAACUCCGCCUUGGCACCUUUAGACGUGAUCAAUGAGUUGCAUGAAAAUUACAAACCUAAUAUUCAAACAAUCUUGAAAACGUCAAAGCCAGUUAGAUUGGACCCAUCCCAACAGGAAUCUCUGUUGGCAGGAUUGAGUCAAAGGGUCAGUCUGAUCCAGGGACCUCCAGGUACCGGCAAAUCAUUCAUAGGGGCAAUUUUGGCCAAAAUUCUACAUGAUCACACCAAAGACAAGAUACUGGUGAUGUGCUACACGAAUCAUGCAUUGGAUCAAUUCUUAGAAGAUUUACUUGACAUUGGCAUUGACUCUGCCGGAAUUGUUAGAUUGGGAUCCAAGUCAACACCUAGGACCCAGCCACUAAGUCUCAAAGAGCAAAGCACCACUAGAGUUAGGCCUGGUUCAAACUGGAACACCAUCAACGCACUCAAGGCACAAUGUCUGGAGCAGCGAACUGCCAUUAACAGCUCAUUUUCAGCAUAUCAGAAGUCAGCAAAUUCGUCAGCAGUCUUAGACUACCUGGAAUUUGAAGAUCCUGAGUACUUUGAAGCCUUCGCCUUACCCGAGGAUGAAAAUGGAAUGAAGUUGGUAGGCUCGGAUGGAACAGCAAUCAAGAAGGACUAUCUUUACAACCAUUGGAUCAAAGGGGAAUCUCCAAACCCGAUUUUCACUAAGCAUUUGUCAACUAAGAGCUGCGGUAUAUGGGCUGUGGACCAGAAAUUUCGAGAUGAGAAGCUUCAAUCGUGGAAACGUGCUUUGCUUGAUGAACAAGCUGCAUCUCUCGCGGUGCACAUGGACCUGUUUGACAAAUGUGAAGAGAAGCUCUCUGCGACAUUAAAGGAGAAAACACGCGAGAUCCUGAAAAACAAAAAGAUUAUAGGAUACACAAAACAUUUGAUCCUGAUCGGAGAUCAUCUACAACUCCGGCCAAAGAUCAAUAGCUACGCCCUCGCCACGGAAAAGGGGGAUGGAUAUGACCUAAACGUGUCUCUUUUCGAAAGACUAGUCCAUAGCGGGUAUCCACAUACGACCUUGCAGAAGCAACAUCGGAUGUGCCCUGAGAUCUCAGAUCUCGUGCGCACUCUCACCUACCCACAAUUGGAAGAUGAUGAGAAGACGAAGACUCGUCCUGAGCCACGAGGCUUAUCCGACCGCGUAAUUUUCUUCGAUCAUCGAAACUUUGAAGAGCAGUUUUCAGACGUCACCGAUCGACGGGAUGAAGGAACAAAGCAGUCUAAGCAGAAUAUUUUUGAGGCAGAGAUUGUCUUGAAGAUCGUUAAGUAUCUUGGGCAGCAAGGGUACGGAACAGACAAACUCGUCGUUCUCACGCCGUAUCUCGGUCAACUUUCACUUCUGCGCCAGACGUUGAGCAAGCAGAAUGAUCCGGUGCUCAAUGAUCUUGAUUCUCAUGAGCUUUUACAAGCAGGGCUGUUGUCGCAUGCCAGUGCCAAGCACAACAAACAGCCGAUCAAGCUUUCCACAGUCGACAACUACCAAGGAGAGGAAAGCGAGAUUGUGAUAGCCUCACUCACACGAAGCAACAAAACUGGCGACAUAGGAUUCAUGGCAGCGCCAGAGAGAUUGAACGUACUUCUUUCUCGUGCCCGGAACGUACUUAUCAUGGUAGGAAAUUCGGAGACAUUUGUCUCUAGCCGUAAAGGGCAAAAGUGCUGGAGGCCGCUCGUUGAUCAGCUCAAAGCCAAUGGUCAUCUAUACGACGGACUACCUGUGAAAUGUGAACAGCACCCUGAUAAGACAGCUGUACUUCGGACCAAGGAAGACUUCGACAGAGAGACUCCAGACGGUGGAUGUUCGGCACCUUGUGGUGUUAAACUAAAUUGUGGAGCACACGAGUGCCCAUCCAAAUGUCAUCAACUCAAGGAUCAUUCCAAGAUGAGGUGCACCAAGAUUGUCAAAUGGAACUGUCCUCGGGGCCAUACUCUGUCUUCGCCAUGUUCGUUGGCCAAGGGGUCAUGUCGCUUCUGCACCCAGGAAGACAGGUUAAAAAAAGAAAAGCAUGAACGUGAUGUGAGGCUCGAGGCGGAGCGACAAAGAAAUCAAUCUUUAUACGCGAUGCAAAUUGCCGAGCUUCAGGACGAAGCUGCUCAUUUGAGACUUCUGAAUGCCGAUAAACUCAUAAACGCGGAGAGAGCAAGAAUUCUUGCGCAGCACCAUGAAGAAAUCAAACAGCUGCGAGUCCCCCAAAGCCCAAUCACAAACCCGAUCACCGAGCCGGUCAGCACGCAAAGCGCAAAGGAACAGAUAGCGAAAGAGGUUGAGUCGCGACCAACAUCUCCUAUGCUUCAAAAGUCCGAGAAUAGUGCAAGUCAGCCUAUUUCUUCCAGUAAUGAGCCCAGGGUGAAGCCCCCGACUCGGCAGGUAAUGCCUAAGAAUCCAGUUUCGAAAGCAAAGACCGAUUGGGACUACCAAAAAUCUUACUUCAACUCCCGGAGCCCAGAGAUUGACAUUUUGAUGAAUAUGGUUGGACUUGAGUCAGUGAAGUCUAAAUUCUUGACGAUCAAAGCCAAAGUCGAUACUGCCGUUAGGCAGAAUGUCGAUUUGAGCCGAGAGAGAUUUGGAACUGUGCUUCUUGGCAAUCCUGGAACUGGCAAGACGACAGUCGCACGACUGUACGCAAAUUUCUUGGCCGCAGUGGGCGUUAUUCCAGGUCGCAAGUUCAUCGAGACAACAGGGUCAAGAAUAUCAAACGAAGGCGUCUCGCAAUGUCAGAAGAUGAUUGAGCAGCUACUCAAAGAUGGCGGAGGAGUUGUCUUCAUUGACGAAGCCUAUCAAAUGGUCCAGGGCAGCAACUUUGGUGGUGGUCAGGUGCUUGAUUUUCUUUUAGCUGAGAUUGAGAAUCUCACCGGGAAGAUUGUAUUCGUUCUUGCUGGAUAUCAACGCCCGAUGGAGAAGUUUUUUUCUCACAACCCUGGACUCCCGAGUCGUUUCCCACAUGAGCUAGUAUUCGAGGACUUUAACGACACAGAACUCAUGAUGAUUGUUGAAACUUGGAUUGAAAGGACAUGGAAAAAGCAGAUGAAAGUUGACGAUGGGUUAGGUGGACUUUACUGUCGCAUUCUGGCCCGACGAAUUGGGCGGGGACGUGGCCGAGACGGGUUUGCGAACGCAAGAGCUGUUGAAAAUGCCAUGUCAAAGGUCACCGAGCGACAAACGGAGAGACUGAUGCAACAAAGGCGGCAGAGCUCUGCACCGGUUGAUGACUUCUUCCUUGAUGCGGAAGACAUGAUUGGCCCAGAUCCUUCUCAAAGCCUCAAGUCAUCGGAAGCUUGGCAAAAGCUGCAACGCAUGAUUGGGUUGACGGACGUUAAAAAGACUGUCCAAAGCCUGAUAGACACGAUUCAAUACAACUAUCGUCGUGAAAUAGAUGAGCAGCCUCCGGUUGGUUACAGUCUCAACAAAGUCUUUCUUGGAAACCCUGGAACGGGGAAAACGUCCGUUGCAAAGAUAUAUGGCCAAAUUCUCGUGGAUAUCGGGCUCCUGUCAAACGGUGAAGUGAUUGUCAAGAAUCCCUCGGAUUUCGUGGGCAGUGUGAUAGGAGAGUCUGAGAAGAACACAAAGGGCAUUCUCGCAGCUACACUGGGAAAGGUUCUUGUCAUCGACGAAGCCUACAGUCUCUUUUCCGGAGGAACAUCCGAUGGCACGGGGGCCAAGUCUGACCCAUACAGAAGUGCUGUCAUAGAUACCAUCGUAGCUGAUGUUCAGAGCAGGCCUGGCGAUGAUCAAUGUGUUCUACUUCUGGGUUACAAGGACCAGAUGGAGCAAAUGUUUCAAAAUGUCAAUCCAGGUCUCAGCCGACGUUUUCCGAUCGACCAGGCAUUCACUUUUGAAGACUUUACUGAAAAUGAGUUGGAUCUUAUUCUUGACCUCAAACUUACAGAACAAGGAUACGGAGUCACCGAUCGAGCCCGCCAGGUUGUUUUGGAGAUGCUUGAACGAGCUCGUAAUCGACCACACUUUGGCAAUGCUGGUGAAAUUGAUAUUCUGCUCAACGCAGCGAAGAUGCAUCAUCAGAUACGCAUUUCUUCAAAUAAGUCGAAGUCCCAGGCUCUUGAUACUGUUUUGGAGGCCGUCGACUUUGAUGAGAACUUUGAUCGCGCAGAGAAAAGUGAAACCAGUGUUUCGAAGAUGUUUGAAGGAGUGAUAGGCUGUGAAAACAUCGUUUCCAAAUUGGAAGGAUAUCAACAGCUGGUCAAGAGCCUCAAGAAGUUGAAUAUGGACCCUCGUGAGCAAGUUCCAUUUAACUUUGUCUUCCGAGGACCCCCAGGAACUGGAAAGACAAGCACAGCCAGAAAGAUGGGGCAAGUAUACUACGACAUGGGACUCUUGGCUUCAAACGAGGUCAUCGAAGCGUCUGCUACGGAGCUAGUAGGUCAAUAUGUCGGACAGACAGGCCCCAAAACCCAGAAAAUGCUGGAGCGUGGUCUUGGAAAGGUCCUGUUCAUCGACGAGGCAUAUCGUCUUGCUGAGGGUCACUUUGCCAAAGAGGCUAUGGAUGAGCUUGUGGAUUGCAUCACAAAGCUCAAGUUCGCCCGGAAGCUGAUCAUCAUUCUGACUGGCUAUGAUGCAGACAUAAACCGGCUCAUGUCCAUCAACCCCGGUCUUACCAGUCGUUUCCCAGAAUCUAUCCAGUUCGAGUCUUUAUCUCCGAGAGAUUGCAUUCAGUUACUGAAUGAGCUUCUCGAAAGAAAUAAAGAAGGCGUGCUCAGCAAGUCAAGAGUGAACUUCGACAUCUCCUGUCUGUAUCGCUCAGAUUCCGAUCUCAACCAAAGAUUGAUGUAUGGAUUUGAUAUCUUGUCCAAAACUGCAAGCUGGGCCAACGCCCGAGACGUUGAGACACUGGUGAAGGCGAUAUUCGGGAAGACCAUAAAGAGCCUAGGUUCUACCACUGGAUCGAAACUGGUAUUGAGCAGGGAUACUGUGGUUGAUGAGCUUCAGGACAUGAUCGAUGAGCGCCAAAGUCGGGAAAAUACCCAGCCAACACGUUCCACAAUGGGCCUCAACCCGGGAGAGAUACUACCAUUGCGUACCCAGUCUUUGAAUCCACCAGCGAGGAACACGACAAAUCAAAGUCAGAACCAGAAAUCCGAUGACAAGGUCAAUGCACCACCAGUGCAGGAUAAUAGCGCCAAACAAAGUUCUGUCACGGGCCGCGACGCAGGUGUCACGGACGAGGAAUGGAAUCAGCUACAGAAAGACAAAGCAGAUGCUGAGCAAAGGGAGAGAGAUUACAGGCGGAUUGUUGAGGAGGAAGAGGAAAAACAAAAAGAGUUGCUGAGACUGAAAGAAGAGGAGGAGAAGGCAGCACGGGCAGCAGAAGAGGCAAGACAGAAGCAGGAUGAGGAAUUGAGGAAGCGCCUUGAACAAGAACGAUUGCGACUUGAAUUGGAACGCAAGAGGCAGGAGGACAUCGCAAGAAAACUCGAAAUCCAGCGAAAAGCCUUAGAAGAAGCUCGCGGCAAAGAGCAGGCCAUUCAGACGAAGCUUCGGAGCAUGGGAGUUUGUGUUCAAGGUUUUCAGUGGAUCAAAAGAUCCGGUGGAUAUCAAUGUGCAGGAGGCUCUCAUUGGGUAUCAGAUGCUCAGCUUCAAUGA